AAAUGCCAAAUGUUGACCAAUCAGAAUACAUAGAUCGUAAGUGAAAAUAAAAUGUCGGUCGUAGACCUCAUGCAGAAUUAAUGUUACUCUGAAACUAUGGGGAGUAUAUUACUGUCCCUGUAAAUCCCGGCGGAUUUUAAAGUGUCUUGUGUGGAGUUCGACAAAGUGGGGAGAGGAUUAUCGUCGUUUGUGACCUAGGAGAAUAAAUUAAAGAGACCCUGACAGCUGAUCAUUUUAUAAAUGAAAUUGCAUUCUUAUUGUCUGUGAAACCAAUGAAUCGGGGUUUAACAAUGGACAAUUCUCUACAAUAUAACAUGAAACACAAAAUAAAGGAGCCAAUUAUUUUGUUGGAACGAUGUGAUAAGAUAUUCAGGACGUUGAAGCUGAUUAAGCAUUUAAAUAAUACUGAAAUAGAUAAGAAGGAUAAUGCAGAAUGUAAAGAUGAAUAUUCUUCCGAUAAAUCUGUAUCACCGUACAUUAAGUAUCAACCUCUGUUAUGUAAUGGUAAUGGUCAACUUCCAUAUUUUAAUUUAUCUAUAAAACAGUCUAAGUCGCUUAUUCUAUGUGAAAUAUGUGGGAAAGGAUUCUCAACCAAUAGAAAUAAAAAUGUUCAUUCUGUGAGAGUUCAUGGGAUCUCUUUGGCAGUGAAAACUCAGCGCAAGCAUAGUAAAAAUGUGAAUAAAAAUUUGGAACAUUCAGAAGAUUCACAAAAUACAAAGGUUUUGGAUAAAACAAAAAGUACUUCAAUGUCAGCUCUAUCAAAGAAGUCGGAGAAUAUUGAAAAUCAUGACAUUUUCUUACAAAGUGAUAAGGCUAUGUCGGAUAUUACUGGAACAACUUCGACAGCUAGUGACACAGAAAUACGUUUUAAUCGAAAUAAGACUAAAAAAAAAAUUGUAAUGGAAGUACCUAGAUUUCAAGCAAGUUGCAAGAACAGAACUGAUGACAAAGAGAUUGUACUUGCCAAUGUGAAAGAAAAUGAAAAGAACCUACGGUUGUUAAAUGCACUGACUCUGUUGAAACAUAAAGAUAUUAAGUUUACAGCAAAGAGCACUAAGAGAACUUCGAAGAGUCCUGAAAAGUCUUUUAAAAGUAGUCCCUCGAAAAGUCCUGGAAAAAGUCCAAAUGCAGAUCAAGGAACAUGGCCAGUAUCUAAUAAGCCUGCAAGAAAUCUAUUGAAAAAUUUCAUGAUUUCUAGUCCUGAGCAAACUUUGAUGAGAAGGUGGCUUAUGAGUAGUCCGCCAUCUGGCAAAUCAACACUGGAACCAUUAUUUAAACAAAUCAAAAUGGAAAAAGAUGAUAUAAAAAGUCAUCUUGAAAUACAAAAUGAAACCGAACCUGAAGGAGCUACUCCUGCAACGAAUUACAAGAUCAGUGAACGAAUCCAUAAUUCUGACACUUCAUCGAACCAUGAGGUUACAAGUACCGUAACAGAUAGCAUUAAUAAUAGUACCCCUAAUAAUUCCCCUACAACUGAACAUAAUAAAACAGUUUUACGCCAUAACGGCAUGACAAUGCUACCACCACCGGCAGAUGUUAUAUGCACAUUAUGUAGCAGGCCGAGCAAAAACAUUAAAAAACACAUCGUGGCAUACCACAAGGUCACAGAUCCAUCUCUUUUAGUUCAAGAGUCUAUUGCACAGUCAUAUUUUAAAGACCUCAUGGGAUCUACUGACGAGGACAAAGAUCAAACAUAUAAAUCAGACAUUGAAUCAGAAUUGCAAGAGAAGGUACGAUCCCAAAGAAAGAGACGUCAUACAUUCCAAAUUCAUGAGACCACAAAAGAAGAGAACCCACCAAGUGCCAAGAGAUCAAAACCAAAUAAACCUCGUCCAGCAUCUCCAAAAGUUAAUAACACAACUCCGAAUGACAACAAUGAUACCCGAUCGAAGAGGAAAUCUUCAACAGAGAGUAAUUCAAAGAAGAAGAAAACAUCUGAGAGAAAACCUGAUUCAAAUACAAUUUAUUGCUGUAAUAUAUGUCAAAGGAUAGUUCAUGGCAAAUAUCGUUUGAAUACUCACAAUGAGGCACAUGUAAGACGUGGUGAGACAUUGGAAAAUAUUGGUGACCAUCAUCAGAAAUCAGGCCACAAAUCAGAGCAAAAGUCAAAGAAACAUAAAAGAGCCAAAUCCUUAGAGUCCAUGACUCACAGUAGAAUUGAGUUGAAUGGAGUCGAUGAAUCUCUGAAACAAGCAAAUACAAAGAAGGGAAGAAAUACCAAGAACUCGAAGAAGUCAAAGGUCAAACAAACGAUACAAAUGGAACCUGAUCAUAGUGAAAAAUGUUUUAUUAAAUGUAUAUGCGGAAAAUCAUUUUCAAAUAUGGCAGCAUUGGAUGAGCAUUACAUAUCUUGUGACUUCAACCAUAGGAGGUCUGAUGCAAAUCGGUCUGUUACAUCUCCUAUAAGCAGAGCUACAAUCCAGGGUUUAAGUCUAACAAUAAAAAAGAGAAAUGAUUCAUAUGAAAUAGUUCAUAGAGAUAUUGGUGAUGAGGAGAUGUGCAAUGUUUCCAGUCACAUUAAGACAAAUGAACCACCAUCUGGAAUAUUCCUAACGAGUUCAGACAUUGCUGAGAUAGAAGAUUCGUUGACUAUUAAGAAAGAACUAAUUGGUAUUGAGGAACAAAAUGGUCUGAAUAGCUUUCCAAAUUUUCUGUUGGAUAUGGAAUUCCCAGAAGAAGACAACAAUAAUAUUCCAACAGAUGUGCUGGGCGAUAAACAACAAACCACUGAAAAAGAGAUAGCAGAUCCUGAAGCUCUUCAGCUACUCAGCAAGGAUACUCCGAGCAGUGAAGAUAUAACCUCACAAAUUGUGAAUGAUCAUAGGUGCAUCUUGUGCGAAAAAUUCUUUUCUAGUAAAUCUAAAAUAUUGAAACACUGGUCCGAGCAUGGCCCAAAGCUGUUAUGUAAUUGUGAAGAAAAUGUCAUAAACAUGCAAGAGUAUGAAGAUCACAUUCACAGAAAUCAUCCAGAGGUUGUGACGUGUGGUUAUUGUGCAAAAAUAUUUGACACUCUAUUUGAUUUUGCUGAGCAUCGAUGUGACGUUACUAAGGGAAAACCUUUAGAUGGUUCCAAGGCACCAUUCCCUUGCUUAAAGUGCAACAAAAACUUCAAUAAAGGCAUCGCCUUCGAUCGUCAUGUUAAGAAUUUUCACCCAGACAUUGUCAAACCUUUGCAGUGCUAUAAUUGUUCGCUGCGAUUUUCUACCAAAGAUGAGAGAAAAAAGCACAUGACAGAAUUACAUUGGAAGAGUAAAUGUAAUAUCUGUUACAAAAUGUGUACUCAUGGAUUGAAGAAUAAGCAUGAAUCGUAUCAUUAUGGAUUGGGAUUCCCUUGUCAUGUGUGUAAGAAGGCUUAUUCAAACAAAGAAUCUUUCACACAUCACAUAAUGCUUACGCAUAUAAGUAAAAUAAAAUGUGUUAUUUGCAAAAAGAUUUUAAAGGCGUCUUCCUUCAAGAAACAUUUCAGGCGUCACCGGAAUUUGGAUGGCUUGUUGCAAUGUAUAUUGUGUAAACAGAUGUUUUCUACUAAUGAGCAUUUAAUCAAUCAUCACACGCAGAAGCAUAAUUUUGAGAAAUCCUGUGAAAUCUGUGGAAUGAACUUUCUUACAAAGUCUAGCGUACAACAGCACAUUGCCAAUAUGCAUCCAAAUGUAUAUGAAACUAGAAACAUCAUUAAAGAAGAAAUCACACUUGAGAGCUAGUGGAUUAUUGAAACUUGAAAAUUCACGAUCCUCAAAGUUACACAGUUUCUAUUGUUCCGAGGCAGAUAAUUUCUUGUUCCAAGAAAUCUGUCCAUAUCUCUGAAACUGAUACGAUACGAUUUAUAUCUUCAUGUUGAAUGAUAUGCAGAGCACUUGUUUCACGUGCAGCAUAAUUACAGAGAAUCGUUUCUUACUGAGCAUUAUUUAGAAAAUUUUUAAAGUCCUAGAAUAAAAGACUAUAACGAUACGCUUAGAUAUUUCUUUUUUACACCUAAUGUUAGGUAUCCUGUUAUACUUUUGAUAGGUCUCUUCUACUAGCUUAUAAGACCUUGUUUUUCUGUCAAAAAUGCGUUCAUUAUAAUGACAAUUAUUGCGCUUAAGUAGCUAAGUAACGUAGGACCUGACAAAUGUAAAACUGGAGGAAAGUUGCAUCCACGAAACGACGUAUUCUUAGUUUUGAUAACUGUUAAUAUGACUCCGAUAAUAAUGUUAUUGCACGGAAAUUGCAGGUAUAAAAUUAUUUUUAUAUCAAGUUUUAGCUGUAAUAAGUAAUUACAAACUAUUUAUUAUCGCUCUAACAAUAAUACAAUUGAUAUUUCGAAUAUAAGGUUUAUAAGACAUGUAAAUUCGAAUUCUUACUUUUUUCGUUAUAGGUACCAUUUCAAAAUACAAUUUUUUUAGUAUUCUUUUUUCUUGAACAACACAAAAGUAUUUUAGUAUUAAAAUAAUUAAUGGUAAACGAAAUAAGGAUUAAGAAUUAUGCUAUUUUUAUGGUUUAUUCUUAGAGGAAUUAAAAUCUUAAAUUUUACAUGAUUUUGUCUUUAUUUCUUUUUUUUUUAAUGACGCUCAUAUAAUUGAAAAUUCAUCAUAAAGAAAAUUUGAAUAGAUGUCACUUAUAUGAUACCGUCCAAAUUUUCACGCCAAAUUAAUCGACACGGUAUUGUUCAAUAAGUCUAACGUGUAAUAAAUCAGUUGAAAUAUCUUUCAGUAUAUUUUUUUGAAAGUAAUUAUUUCCUUUCAAGAAUUCGAAAGCAAAAUAUAUAACCGAGAAUUUUUUUUUAAAAUUAAAAUGGCUGUAUUUACUUCUGAAAUAAAAAUAAAUACGACGUGCACAAAUGUACAAUGCAUAUGUAAGUAAAUGCUCUUGUAGAAAUUUAAA